UCUAUAUUUUUAUAUUUAUUACUUUAUAGACAUGUAUACAUUUUUUGUUUUUUUAAUAAUAUUAAUGCUUAUUAAUGAAUCAAAACUAAUAUGCCCGGUAUGGAUUGGAGAAGCAGGUCACAACUACAAUAUUAAAGAAAGGUUUGAUGCUGUGCGUAAAGAUAGUAAUAAAUUGACUGUCACUCAUGUACAUUCGCGCUCAAAAAGUUCAGAGAAAGAUGAUAUAUAUGAUUACACCUUAACUUUUUGCGGUGAUGAAGGUACUAAUGCAGUUUUACAAGAAGACGCUAGUAAAAAUAAAAAAUCAAUAGGAAAGAUUGAUAAUUCUUCUAUCUUGGUUGGAGGAGAGGAUAUUUUGCUGUUGAUGUACCAUCAUGGUGAUCCAUAUCAUUCAAAUGGUCAUUGCAAUGGAAUAUCAAGAAAUGCAUGGGUAAUUCUUCGUUGUGAGGACCAAGGAGAGAAGCCAGUUUUUAAGGUUGUUGAAGAAGGAAGAUAUAAAGGCGUCCUUCUAACUGAAACUCCUUGUUAUUACCUUUUUGAAUAUAAUCAUCCUGGAGCUUGUUCAAAUUUUGUCAAGCCUAUCAAACUAAGCCCAGGUGCUAUAUUUUGCAUUAUAUUUAUUGGCAUUGCUGCUGCAUAUUUAGUAUUUGGUAUUAUUUAUAAACGAUUUGUACUUGGUGCAAAAGGUUUUGAACAGAUCCCUAACUUUGCUUUUUGGAGAAAGAUUGGAAAUGCCUCUGCUGACGGAUGCGAUUUUGUUUGCAGAAGGCAAGAGGAAGUCAGCGCAUAUAAAGGUAUGACUAACGCGUUGGAUAUCGAGUCUAAUGAUCGCGAAAUCGACGAAGGUCUUCUACCGAUGUAGAUUUUUAUAAUUUAUUGGCAAUUUUUUUUUA